ACACAGAGGUUAGUUCAUGGUGUACGGAUACGACUGAGAUAUUUAUAAACUUUCUGCGCGACUUCCUCAUCUUCCUCUGUUGCUUGAUUAUCAACCGGAGCGAUGGACAAAGAAGAAGAACGGCAACAGCGGCGAUCGAACUGGAGUGAGACAGUGGAGGAUCUCGUCACUGCCGGUGACACUGAUGCUGCAAUUUCUCUUCUCGAAUCGGUGAUUUCUGACCUCCAAACUUCAGAAAACUCUAAUCCAGAUCCUCAAUUGGCCGCCGCUCUCACCGACUUGUCUGCUCUUUACUCUUCUAAAGGCUUCUCUCUUAAAGCCGACGACAUUGCGGCUAAAGCUUUGGUUCUUAAACAGCAAGACCAAGUCUCUUCUUCGGCUGGGUUCGCGAAGAUUGUGAAAGAGGAUCGAACUUCAUCCGCAACUGUUACGCUGUCUUCUCAUAAUUCAGUCGAUGAAGCUUCCGUUGGAAUUGGUACUUUGGAUCAUACGAGAGAUUGUCCAGACAAUGCUGUACCCUGUGAUGAUGAUGAUUGGGAAGCUAUUGCAGAUCGCCCACCAAAUGAAUUACUCUCCUUGCAAUGUGAACCUGAUAAACCUGAAAUUUUAAUCAGAGAGACAACAGACCAAACCACAAUCAGAGAGACAACAGACAAAACCACUAGACGGCGUGGGAGGGGAACAUUUUCAUAUAAGAAACAUGAAUUAUAUAGUGAUAGGCUAUCUGAUUCUUCAACUACCAAUGAUACAAAGGACGAAGAUGCUUCUCAUGAGUUGGAGGUGGGGCGUAAGGAGCUAAAAAGUGCACAAUAUGGUACUCAACAUGUUCUUGUCCUAGCUGACUUUCCACCGAGUACCAAAACAAUAGAUCUUGAAAGGCUACUUGGAAAUUUCAAGAAUUCUGGAGUUGUCAUUCGCUGGGUCAAUGAUACGGUCGCACUUGCAGUUUUUCCGACACCGUCAACUGCACUUGAAGUUCUCAAUCAUGUUAGAUGCCCUUUCACUAUACGCCUACUUGAUGAAAAUGAUACUCUAUUGAGCUCAAUUCCACCGAGAGAUUUGGAGCCUCCAAAGCAGAGGCCAAAGACAUCGGCCAGAACUGCCCAACGACUGAUUGCUCAAGGAAUGGGAUUGAAGCUGCCGGCUUCCACCACUGCCUUCGGGUCCAAAGAACUAAGAAAACAAGAAGAAGACAGGAGGAAUCGCAUUGUGUCAAGACAAAAAUUGAGAGAUGAAGCUUGGGGAGAAUGAUGAUCCAAGUAAGUGUGAGAUCCCACUUCGAUAGGAGAGGGGAACAAGCAUUCCUUAUAAGGGUGUGGAAAGUUCUCUACAGUAAACGAGAUUUAAAAUCGUGAGGCUGAUGGCGAGACAUAACGAGCUAAAACAGACAAAUAUCUGCUAGCGGUGGACUUGAACUAUUACAGUAAGCCUCUCUCAUUAAUGAAUAACUUGAACUUUUCUUUCCUUGCGAAGAAAAUGCUUAUGAAUCCUCGUUCCUUUUCCUCUCAUAUUGACCAAAAUUCUUUUGGUUAAAAGACUUUUGAAAAAGAUAGUGUGAAUGCAAUGAAGCCAAGGAAAAUUUGGUUCAUAGGUAA